AUGGAAAGGUAACAUCGCAAAUUCAAAAAAUUUAAAAAAUUCUGGAAAAUUUUUCGAAAUGUCAUUCGAACAUUUUUUCUUCGCGCGAAAAUGUUAGAAAUGAAAUCUGAAAAUCCAAAUUUCUGUCAUUUCUCUUUUGCCACGUGAAAAUUUCAACGUGGUCUGACAAUCCAAAAAUCCAAAAACCUAAGAAAGCAUGAAAAAUGAGAGUGUGUGUCAACACCAUCUGCCCGCAAACACCAAAUCCUACGCGCAAUCUUGUAAAAAUAAAAUAACGACACUCCGCUCAGACAGUGUGUGAAAAUUAAACAACAGGCAAGCCGAGUGUCGUUUUUUUACUUUUAUUUUUCACAGGCAUAAAUUUCUGACUUUUUUUCCUGUCGGCUCCGCCCCCUGCCACGAUUACACGUUUCACGUUUUUUAAAGGGGGUGUCCUUCUACAUGAAAAAUCAAGUCCGCAAUUGUGCGUCACAUUUUUGGACUAACUAUUAGCAAGCCUAAGGUUGAUUAAAAUCACCUUCCAUUGUUUAAAAAUGUCAGGAAAUGCAUUUCGCGAGAAAUACACACAAAUGAAUUAUGAGUGUGAAGAGCACACAUGUUUUUUAUAUGCACUAAAACCUUAAAACUUAACAAAAACAUAAAUAAAAUGGUGAAAACUCGCUCUAAAAUCAAAAUAAAAUAUGGAAUGUUUCAGGAGCACCUUAGCUCUAUCGAUUGAGCCUAAGUUUCCCUGUAGCAGGACAACCCCUUUAAAUAAUUUUUUCGUUUUCAUCUUUUUUUCUUCACUAAAUUUCGAAAUGCAAAAAAUCAGAAAUAAUUAUUCACUGAAAAAAAAACGUGCCGCACCUUGCAAAAUAAAUCCCGCCUCUCGAUUCACGCGAGAAUUUGUUUUUUCUGCGACAGGCAUUUCUGAAUUAAAAAAGUCAAAAAUUUAUGCCUGUGUUUUUUCCUUUUUUGGUCUGGAAGCAACUAUUAAAAUAUCUCAAAAUUUAAAUUCAAAAAUGCAUUUUCAGUUUUUCACAGUCGACAAUAUUGCACAUUGGUUUGAUCUGAAAAAUUAUAGCUUCCUCAAAAAAUCCUGUAGAUUUCUUGGUAACUUUUUUAAUUUCAUUUGAAAAUCCCACAUUCAUUAAUUCAUUAUUUUUCUAGGCUGUUGCAUUUAUUCGAGAUGCGAUUCUUUUAGGAGGAGCUGUUGCAGCUUGGGCAUCUCCAAGUGGAUUUUCGCAAGUUGCUGAAAGUGUCAAGUGAGAUUUCGAUCUUCUCAAUUUCCCAAAUCCUCCACUUCAAAUAAUUUUUGUAGAAAUGUUGUAUUUGCAAUUAUGUUGCUCAUUGUUGCAUUUGCUCCAUCAAAACUUUUGGCUUUUUACGAAGAUGACAACAUCAAAUUGGCUGUUGGAGAUUGGAUUCUUAUGAUUUGGUGUAUUUUUGCGAGUCUUAUUCUUCAAGGAAUCUGGACUUCUGUUUUAACUCAUGUUACUGAAGUCGCUGCUGGAACAUCGGAUACUCUUUUGUUCGGUGAUGCUGAACAUGAGGAACAACUUCGUCGAGAAGAAGAACAAAAAGCUGCUGAACAACGAGAAACAUUCCAACUUCUUUAUAGACUUCUUGGUUAUAUGGGAAGACAAUGGAAAUAUUAUGGAAUGGCUUUCUUUUUCUUAUUCUGUUAUUCAUUAAGUAAGUAAAAAAUUAUCAAAAACAAAAAAGCCAUCAUAGUUAUCAUUCAUCAUGUUGAUCUCAAGAGUAGCAAAUAAUCAAUAAUCAUAUGGCGGGAACCGAACUCGAGACUAAAUUUUCGCGGGCGCACAUCUAACCGACUGCGCUAAAGUUAAACAGGUCGAAAGUGUUCGCCAUUGCCCACACAUGCAAGAGAAGAAAAGUGAGAGAUAGAAGGAAAAAAAGAUAGAAGGAGGGGGAAAUGUGUGCAUUGAAACACAGUGCAAUUUUUAUUUUCAGGUCGAGUAUUUAUUCCAUAUUAUACCGGAGAAGUUGUGACUGCAGUUUUUGGAGAAAGUGCAAGUUAUGAAAAAUUGCAUAGAACUGUACUUAUUAUGGGUCUCCUUUCAUUGGCUUCGUAAGUAAACAAAACAUUGAGAUUUGAAGGGAUCAAAUAAAAACAUCUGUUGUAUUUUAGAACAGUUUUUGGAGGACUUCGAGGAGGUUCAUUUACAUAUGCACAUGCAACAAUUGACCGACAAAUUAGAAGUGAUUUAUUCAAAGCCGUUGUUGGACAAGAAAUUGGAUUUUUUGAUAUGAAUAAAACAGGUCAGUUAAUAAAAGAAAAAACGAUUUUUGUUGAAUCAUUUUUGAACAUUGGAUUACUGUACUUUGUUUUGCAGGAGAAAUUUGUUCUCGAUUAUCAGCCGAUUGUCAAACUAUGUCAAAUACUCUUUCAUUGUACAUGAAUGUUCUCACUCGAAAUCUUACAAUGCUUUUCGGAUCACUUAUUUUUAUGUUUACACUUUCUUGGAAACUUUCGAUGAUCACAUUGAUCAAUAUUCCUAUUAUUUUCCUUGUUAACAAAAUUUUCGGAGUCUGGUAUGAUGUGAGUUUUUUUUUAAAUUAUAGUGCAGCUUGCUCAAAAAAAAUUCUAAAAAUAUCAGUUUUGAAAUUUUCUCAGACACUUUCUGAAGAAACUCAAAACUCUGUUGCAAAAGCGAAUGAUGUUGCUGAAGAAGUUCUAUCAUCAAUCAGAACCGUCAAAAGUUUUGCAUGUGAAAAUUUUGAAUCAAAUAGAUUUAUGCAAUUUCUUAAUGUAACACUCAAAAUUGCAACUCGUAAAGUAUUUGUUGUAAUUGGUUUGAUUUGGUCAAAUGAAUUGCUUCAAAUGGGAAUUCUCACAAUUGUUUUAUGGUAUGGAGGACAUUUGGUAAUUGAGAACAAAGUCGAAAGUGGUCUGCUCGUAUCAUUUUUAUUGUAUCAAUUCCAACUUGGAGAAAAUUUGAGAGUAAGUUGGGAUAUUUAAGAUAAUUAUUUUGAAAAUUAUUCCUAUAUUAACAAUGAAUUUUCAGGAACUUGGUGAAGUUUGGAAUGGUUUGAUGCAAGCAGUUGGUGCUUCUCGCAAAGUUUUUGAAUUUAUCGAUCGUGAACCAAAAGUUCAGAAUACUGGAACUUACAAACCAGAUGUUAUGAUUGGAAAAAUUGAAUUCAAAAAUGUUGCUUUCAGUUAUCCAAUUAGACCAGAUCUUCCAAUUAUGCAAGAUUUAACAUUCACAGUUGAACCAGGAGAAGUUGUUGCAUUAGUCGGACCAUCUGGAGGUGGAAAAUCAUCAUGUAUUGCAAUGUUAGAACAUUUUUAUGAACCAACAAAUGGAGAAGUAUUGAUUGAUGGUGUUCCUGUUCGAGAUUAUGAUCAUAAAUUCCUUCAUACAAAAGUUGCACUUGUUGGACAAGAACCUGUUUUAUACGCAAGAUCUGUUACUGAAAAUAUUGGAUAUGGAAUGGAUAAAUUUGAUGAUGAUAUGGUACAAAAAUCAGCGAAAUUAGCGAAUGCUCAUACUUUUAUUAUGGAUACAUCUGAUGGAUAUAAUACUGAUGUUGGAGAAAAAGGAAGUCAAAUGUCGGGUGGACAAAAACAAAGAAUUGCAAUUGCUCGAGCAUUAGUUCGACAACCAGUUGUUUUAUUAUUAGAUGAAGCAACUUCUGCAUUAGAUGCUGAAUCUGAACAUACAGUUCAAGAAGCUAUUUCGAAAAAUUUGAAAGGUAAAACUGUUAUUUUAAUUGCACAUCGAUUGUCGACUGUUGAAAAUGCUGAUAAAAUUGUUGUUAUUAAUAAGGUUAGUUUUUCUCGAAAGAAAAGAACUUUGGAUUGAAAAUAUGCAGGGUUACUGUAGUAGUCUAUUCUGGGAAAGGUUACUGUAGUUUUAUAUGUAUUUAUUUUUAUUUUACUAUUAGGACUGGGGACUUCGGGAAAAUUUGCAUUUCAUUCAAAAAAGUUAUGACGUGGCAAUUUUUUAAUUUUAAAACCCGGGUUUUUGAGAUUUCAUCAAAUUCUCUAAAACAAAGGAUUUUAGAGAAAUACUCAUACAAUGCUUCAAAAAUUUCAUAAGAGUUUUCAAUUAAAAUAUUUGGCGUCACAAAUAAGAUUCAUCUCACGUGGAUUUUCUUGCGAAAAUGUCAUAUGAGUUUAAAAAGUCCCAAUAUUUCAUUCUAUUUUUGAAAAUUCAAAAAAUUAAUUUCAGGGCAAAUAAUCAGAAAUAAAUUCAUUUAAAAAUUUGAUGUUUGAAAAUUGACAAUUUUCGAAAAGUUUUAAUUUCCCCCAGAUUUCCAUUUUUCCACGUCAUAAAUUCUUAUGUUAGGUUGAACACCGGGACCCAUAAGUAUGCUGAGAAAAUUGAGAUAAUCUUCUUGAGAUAAAAAAAACCUCCACAGAAUGUUCUUGUUCCAAAAAAAAAUCUCAAAAUAUUUUUUUUGCAGGGUCGCGUUGAACAACUUGGGAAUCAUAAAGAAUUAAUGUCUCAAGAAGGACUCUACAAACAACUUGUUCAACGUCAAAUGAUGUCAACGGAAGAAGAAAAUGAUGAAGAUAUUGAAACACUUCGUGACACAUCUUCAACUCCUUCAAGAAGUGCACGUGGUGGUGGAAAUGCAACUGGAAGAAGAAUUCGAUCACCAUCACAAUCUGUUAGUCAAUCAUUUUUGGGUACUUCGUUUGCCAGUAGUUAUUUGUAG